AUGUUAUUAUGGAAAGGCAGAUUUUUGAAUAAAAAAAGAGCGGAUUUGGCCGUCACUUUUAUUAUUAUUCUUCUUCUUCCUCCGUUUUUUUUCUUCAUUUGGUUACUCCCCUUGCGUUUUUCUCAUUCCCAGCCUUGCCGCUAUGUUUUUUGCCUUUUUUCCCUCAGAACAACCCUUAUUUUCCCCCUCAUCAGCAUGGACAGUGACUUGAAGCAUAAGGGAAAGGGUCACAAUGAAAUAGGAAGGGGAUAG